GUCCUUUUCCUCAAUAGAACUGGUCCAUUCACUUCUGCCUCCAAACUUUCCCCAUCAUUGACAUGUUUGUGCAUCUCUGUUGCAGAGGGAGCAGAUCUGGCCCUGAGACUAGGGAGUGGAACAAGCACCUGUUCAGGGCGAGUGGAGAUGAGAGUAAAUAACCAGUGGGGGACAGUCUGUGAUGACAACUGGAACAAGAAUGCUGGGGCUGUGGUGUGCAGACAAGCAGGGUGUCCCUCUGCUAUGAAUGCCUUGCUUAGGGUUAAUGCUAGUGAUGACAUUGAACACAUCUGGUUUGAUGACAUUUCCUGCAAUGGGAACGAGUCAGCUCUCUGGGACUGCAAACAUAGAGGAUGGAAAAACCAUGACUGUGGACACAAUGAGGAUGUUGGAGUGAUGUGUUCAGACCCAUCUGCCCUGAAGCUGAGGCUUCUUGGGGGAAGCAGCCAAUGUGCAGGGGUAGUAGAGGUGAGAGUCGGUGAGGAGGUGGGAGUUGUGUGCAGAAGAAGUUGGUCACUGGAUGAAGCCACGGUGGUUUGCAGGCAGCUGGGCUGUGGAGUUGCAGUCAGCAUCCCCUUGGACUACAAUUUUGAAGACGUCCCUGAGCACAUCUGGAUCAGUGGAAUCAAAUGCUAUGGAAAAGAGGAAUCUUUUUGGGAUUGUGGGAAUUGGGAAUGGGGAAAGAUUUCCUGUCAUGCGGAUGAAAAGGCUGCUGUCAUUUGCUCAGAUCACAUGCAGCCACGACUGAGAGGAGGAGACUUUGCCUGCUCUGGGAGAGUGGAAGUGAAGCACCAAGGCGGCUGGGUGUCUGUCUGCAGUCCUGACUUUCCUCUGCAGACGGGCAGUGUGUUGUGCCGGGAGCUGCAGUGUGGCACCCUUGUCUCCGUCCUGGACGGGGCUCACUUUGGAGAAGGAGGUGGCCAGGUCCUGCCUGAGGAGCUACAGUGUCAAGGCAAUGAGUCCCAUGUCACCUUGUGCCCUACAGUGCCCAUUCACAGUAGGAAAUGCAGUUCUGAUGGGACCAUUGGCAUCAUCUGUUCAAGGUACAGAGACUUCCAGCUGGUGGAUGGUGGCUCCAGGUGUGAGGGGCGUGUCGAGGUCCAGGUCCAGGGAGUCUGGGGAGCCCUCUGCAGCUCCCACUGGGAUCUGGCCAAUGCCAAUGUUCUCUGCAAGCAGCUUGACUGUGGAGUCGCUGUCUCAGUCCCCACAGGAGAGUAUUUUGGAAAAGCAAGAGGUCCUGUAUGGAGGCACACAUUUCAUUGCUCAGGGACUGAGCCUCACCUGGAGACUUGUCCAAUGACUGCCUUGGGAGCCCCACUUUGUUCCCCUGCAAAUAUUGCUUCUGUGAACUGCUCAGGAAAUCAUUGGGAUGCUCAGUUCCAGUGCCAAGGUGCCCAGGCUCAGUCACCUUCAUGCUCAGGGCUGAGGCAGAUCAACCUUGUGAAUGGUGGAGAUCGCUGUGCUGGAAGAGUUGAGGUCUACCAUGAGGGUGCCUGGGGCACCAUCUGUGAUGACUCCUGGGACCUAAAUGAUGCCCAGGUGGUAUGCAGACAGCUUAACUGUGGAGUGGCCCUCAAUGCCACCAUCUGUGCUCAUUUUGGAGCAGGAACUGGGCCCAUCUGGUUGGAUGAUAUGAACUGCUCCGGGAAUGAAUCCAGUGUGUGGCAAUGUCCCUCAAGAAACUGGGGACAGCAUGAAUGCAGGCACAAGGAAGAUGCAGGGGUGCUCUGCUCAGAGGUCAUGUCUCUGAGGCUGCUGAGUGAGACCAACACCCAGGCCUGUGCAGGACGACUGGAAGUCUUCUACAAUGGGACCUGGGGCAGUGUUGGCCGAUAUAACAUGACUGCAGUCACUGUGGGAGUGAUCUGUAGGCAUUUAGACUGUGGGGACAAUGGGAUUCUUGACCCUGCUCCUACAAACAAGGCAAGUUCCAGAACCAUGUGGGUCAAUAGUGUUCAGUGUCCUAAGGGAUCUACCUCCUUCUGGCAGUGUCCAUCAGAUCCAUGGGAGAAGAGACCAUCCAAUGCAAGAGAGGAGGCCUGGAUCUCAUGUGUUGGCAAGAUAAGAGUCCAAGGAGGAGACAAGUGCUCAGGACGUGUGGAGGUCUGGCAUGAAGGCUCCUGGGGCACAGUAUGUGAUGACUCCUGGGAUCUGGCUGAUGCUGAGGUGGCCUGUCAACAACUGGGCUGUGGCUCAGCCUUGGGUGCCCCAGGAGAGGCUGCAUUCGGCCGAGGAAUUGGGCCCAUCUGGCUGAAUAAUAUUCAUUGCAAAGGAAAUGAGUCCUCUCUUUGGAACUGUAUUGCUGAUCCCUGGGGGCAGACAGAUUGUGGGCACAAAGAAGAUGCUGGUGUGAGGUGCUCAGGUGUUCCCAUGACUGCAGAACCUCAGGAAUCCUCAGGUCACAAAGCCUUCAGGUUGUUCUGGAUCCUUGGGGUCAUCCUGAUAGUACUGUUCCUGCUUGUUCUCUUCCUGCGGUCCAAGGCUAGAAGAUGGACUUACCAAGUCAGAGGAAAUCUUCUUCAGGAAGCUAUUUACAAGAAGAUGAAUGUUCACCAGAAGGAGGAUGAAGACCUACAUCUAUUCAACCACCCAGAGACUCCUAAUGGCUUAAGUGGUGCUCCGGGAUCUGGUUCUGAAGUUGCUGAAGAAGUCUCUGAGCCUGAACCAUGUCCCAUUUUCUGGAUUAACAAAGGGGAUGCCUUGGCAACCCCAGAAGAGAGGAACAGGAACAGAAAUUCUACAAGUCAACAUCUACAAGCCCUUGAAAGAGACACCACCUUUUGAAUAGAAGUUGGGAAAAACUGUCCCUUGGAUAAACACCAUUGCGAUGUGGAGCUCAGCUUCUCUGGGUAGGACUAAAAAAACAGCUAAGUUUGGAGGGAACUGGCGACUAGGAUGACGAGUCAUGUGUGUUGUUAUUGUACCCUUCCUUGGGAAUGGAAUAAAGAAAAGUGACACUGCUUGAGAUCCACAUUGGCCUGUUCUUCUCCCAAGACUCUUUGAUCGCUUAGAUGUGCUUCACUCCCAGGAGAGCUGAAUCUAAUCAAGGGCAAUUUAUCUAUUUCUGGUUUGUGCCUAGUUCAUUUUUUAAUUGUCCAAAAUGACAUAUGAUUAUACGCUCAAGUCCCUUCACAGGACAGCCAAGAUAACUUCCUAGUCUGUGACUGUUGCACUGCAGGAACUACGAUGAAGAGAUUCAGUGAAUCAAGUCAUAUUCCAGGGAAACAUGGUUUUGGGGGAGUAAGAAAGACUAUUUAUGGAACAAAAAAUGUGGGGGGAAAGGACACUGUGAAAUGCAACAGAGUGUCCAGACAUUCAUGGAUCAAUUUUUCCCCCAGAUUUGGGCUCCUGAACAUGCUUGACCACUAUGACAAUCUGUAUCUCAUACACACACACACACACACACACACACACACACACACACACACAUUGUUGGGCUGAUUUGCAUUGUUUCAUGGCAUCAAUUCAUACAGUCAUUCCAUAUAUCUCUCAUUUCUUGAUGUUAGUCAUUUCUAAUAGCACAAUAAACAUCCAUUCAUAUUUCA